UUUGCUGAUUGCUGAACUUGGACUUCAACUAAGAAAAUAUCGUAGAGCAUUGAAACUGUGAAGCAUAGAGAUUAACUCAUUUCCUACGUGCACUGGAACAAUAAUAUUCAUACAGAAUGAGAUUGUGUAGGCUCUGUGUGUUUUGUGUGGUUAUGUGUAAGAAGCUCACCUGAUACACGUGACAACAUGGCAACCCUGACCCCCAAGGUGUCGGGGGACAGCACCGGCACCCCUACACUCGGAGACUACCCCCAUAACCCCCUCCUCCAGCGACUUAUGAAGGCGGUCGAAAACAGGAACAUGGCAGACAUGCUCGCCCUCCUGCAGGCGGGGGUGAAGGUCAAUCACCACGAAGGAUCCUUCUCUGAGACCGCCCUGCAUAAAGCUGUUAUGAUCUCGUGGGAGGAAGGGGUGCAGGCCCUGCUGGGGGCGGGUGCCCGCGUCUUCACCAAGAAUCAGUUUGGUCAGACGCCCCUGCACUACGCGGCCUGCGCACGGUCCGUCGAGUGUACGCGCCUCCUGCUGCUGCACGAUCAGGCACAUGCGACCGUGCGCAAAGACCUCAAUCCUACAGCUAAGGACCUCAAUUCUGUGGGGAAUAACCUCAAGACCUCACGCAAAGACUUCAUUUCUAAGCGCAAGGACCUCGGGACCUCGCGCAAGGACCGCGGGCUCGUCAGUUCAGCGCGGGCAAGCGUCGUGAACCACAAAGACAUGCGCGGACGAACAGCUCUGCACGACGCCUCCGAGCAGGCGUGUGUUGAGAUCAUCAAGAUGCUGCUGGACUCCCACGCCAUUGUUGAUAUUAAAGAUAAUGAGCAAGAGACGCCGCUCUAUAAGGCCGCUAAGGCGUGCGCGGUGCCGGCGAUGCUGGCGCUGCUGGACGGCGGGGCGAGCCUCACCGCCCCCACCACAAUCGCUGACGCUGACAGCGUCCUUACCUACGCCCUCAGACACAUGCCAGGAGGCAUGGAGGCGCUGUUUGACAGCUGCCUCCUCACCAACACCUCCAAUUUCAACUCGAAGACGUUGGAGGUGAAGUUCAACUUCACCCCGUGUAUCAGCACCAAUGAGAAGAAUCAGAUGAAAUGUCUGUGGCAGAUUGUUGAAUUCGGUCACGCGAAGCUGUUGAAACACCCACUUUGUGAGACGUUUCUGCUUAUGAAGUGGUUCAAAGUGAAGAAAUUCUUCUACGUACAGUUCAUGUAUUACUUUUUGUAUGCUAUUCUUACCACACUCCUCACGUUCGACAAGUUCCUAGAAAAAGAAUGUCCACGGGAAGACUUCGUUAUCAAUACCAAUAUAAGCAGUGCAAACGAUGAGAACUAUUACAGUUUAGUCAACGCAAACUUAACAGACAACAACAACGAAUCCAAAAUACUCCCUGAAGAGGUGCGGCUAAUGUUAUUGAGUGUGGUGUUGGUUCAAGCCAUAAUAGUGUUGUUCUCGCUAGUCCUGUCAUUAAUAUACACUUUCACGAGCUUCAAGUUUUCGCUAUGGAACGUCCUGCACGCGGUGAUAGCGCUUCUGGUAUUCCUGGUACUACCAUUCGACUCCCUCGCUACCAGGUACUGGCAGCAGCACCUUGCCGCCGUCCUCCAGUUGGUACUGUGGACCCAGUGUAUGUUGCUGGUAGGGCAAAUACCUGCAUGUGGUAUCUACGUGGUAAUGUUCGCGCGGGUAGCCGGGGUAUUCGUGCGCAUUUUCGCUGUGUACUUCAGCCUGCUGCUCGCGUUCACGUUCUCAUUCCACAUUUCUGAACACGUUCAUGGCGUUUCAUGCGCCACGAUCUUGGACGUUUAUCAGACGUUCCUCAAAACACUGACGAUGAUGCUGGGCGAGCUCGACUACUCCAAGGAGUUGGUGAUACAGCUCAGCUAUUUACCCUUCACGUCGCACAUCAUCUUCCUGACGUUCAUCAUUCUCGUGGCCAUCAUCUUGUCCAACCUCCUCGUCGCUCUCGCCGUCAACGACGUUCAGAGCCUGCGCAACUCCGCUCUCCUGGAGCGGCUCAUCAAGCAGAUGGAGUUGGUGUUCGAGAUGGAGCAGAGCUUCUACGGCAUCUCUUACCUGCUCCGCCAGCUCAGACUGCACAGGAUCUCCAAGUACCCUCUGCACGCGACUUUCUACGACCACAAGCUUACGUCUGUCUCCAUGAAGCCUUACGAUCCUCGUAAGGUAUGCCGUAACUUGUGUCGAAACAGCAGGCUCAACCGGCUCAGGUCGACCGAGUACAACAACAACGAGGACCUGAAAGACUGCCUCAAACACCUCGAGUCGAACAUCACCGACGCUGUUUGUGACCGCCUCAGUGAGGUGGUGACCGCGACGGGGGCGCUAGCGUCGCGCGUGCGGGCGCUGGAGGGCGAGCUGCGCAUCCUGCGCCGCGCCCUCGCCCCCACCGACGCCCCCCGU